AUGCCCAAUGUGUCCAAGUAUGGGGACAUUUGGCCAACAAAUUUGCACGAGGUCCUUUGUGCAGGUCCGGCCAAGAGGAUUGAUAACGUGACGACUGGGACAAAGGGAUCCUGCUUGCGGCCUCAGCGGGAAACCCCGUACUCUCGGAAGCGCCUGUCGCGGGCGUCGGUUAUCUCGUUUUCAGCCGACCGUAAAGUACGCUACGCGAGGACGUUCUGCCGGCACGCAGCGAAAAGAACGGGUCGCCUCUCGGCAGUCGCCAGUGUGCUGGGAUUCUUACCAGAAAAACAACCCCAUGGACUCGACGCAGGUCGACAGCGAGGAGGGUGCUCUGGAAGGGCGUCCCCGCAGCGUCGUGCUUCUGGGCUGUUCGGCGGCGUCGAUGGUGGCCACCGCAGCCGGCCUGUUCGCCGGCAUCUUCCUGCACCCGGCGCUGGUGCUGCUGCUCGUUUUCGGAAACGCGACCAGCGUGGCACUGGCGAUGCGCUUUGGCUACCGGACUCACGAGCCGUCGGCGAACGAGACCAAGGCUUCCGUCUGCAGGCCCGUCGUACCUGUCAUCCAAAUCCACCCGCCCAAGAUAGUCACCGAACUCUAGCGCAGCCGCCGGACCCCGGAACGCCGACGAACGUUGUGUUCGAGCCUGUGCAUUCGGACUGCGCUGAGAACACGUAUACGCAGUGUUCUCGUUUUCUGAUUACGUGACGAGUGUGAGCAACUUGGCGGCGCGAAGUUGCUUGCGCUGCAAACCCGCGUAUACAGGUUAGCGACAGCACACGCGUCGUCACUUGGAUUUUAUUUGUACUCGAAAUCCCUUUGCGAAACUUCGUGCGCGAUAGUAUAAGUACUGCGUCGGUACGCUGGCGUUAGUUGCCCGCGAAGUCGGUUUUGCUGCAACCCAGGAGAAUUCUGAACUUCUCUCAGAAGAUCUUCUGAGAGCAGUUUAUUUGUCAUCCUCCUGCAUCUGAAAAAAAAAAAAAAAAAAAGGUGCUCCAAUUCUGUGCGUGUGGCACGUGCUUCAUGAAUGUUUUAAUUAUUUGCGCUUUUUGUUUAAACAAGGAUCAGUUCGUGUAUUGCCACCGUGGAAAAAAGGAAGGACGAACCAAUGAUGCUGGAUCAGUCUUUCAGCUUGACAAAUUACGUUUCAUGCUUCAUUUCUCUCUGUUUAAUGCGGUACCAUAUGCCGAUAUUUGGGUAUGCGCUAUUCGCCCGUCUAUCCAGGAAAAUAAACUUAAUAUAUAUAUAUAUAUAUAUAUAUAUAUAUAUAUAACAAGAAAGGUACAAAAUAUUAUCUGCUCAAUUCUUUUUCUAACGGUUCUUGCCACACGAUAUGAGGGAUCCGCGAAAGAAUUUAGGAAGAAAAUAUUAUCGAAAUGAAAGUUCAAUGUCCUCUGGAAGCGAUUUUUGCCCUAUGUAGGUAUGAUUGAUUUAACAUUUUGUUGGACUAUAAUUGAGGAAAAUCAAUAAAUCAGUAUCAAUAAA